AUGGGAAUUUACACGUACGUCCAGACUUUACCAGACUUGCUUAGUAUUAGUAUCCAAGGAGCACCUAGGCUAAAAUGUCAAGAGCUCUUGAUUUAUAUCAUGGAUACAGUGAAAGAUUCAUCUAAUGGUGCCAUUUAUGGAGCUGAUUAUAGCAACAUACUGCUCAAAGACAUUCUUUCUGUGAGAAAAUACUGGUGUGAAAUAUCUCAGCAACAGUGGCUAGAAUUGUUCUCUGUGUACUGCAAGCUGUAUCUCAAACCUUCGCAAGACGUUCAUAGAGUUUUAGUGGCUAGAAUAAUUCAUGCUGUGACCAAAGGAUGCUGUUCGCAAACUGAUGGAUUAAAUUCCAAAUUUUUGGAUUUUUUCCCCAAGGCUAUUCAGUGUGCAAGACAAGAAAAGAGCUCUGUAGGUCUAAAUCAUAUCUUAGCAGCCCUUAUUAUCUUCCUCAAGACUUUGGCUGUCAACUUUCGAAUUCGAGUGUGUGAAUUAGGAGAUGAAAUUCUUCCUACCUUGCUUUAUAUUUGGACUCAACAUAGACUUAAUGAUUCCUUAAAAGAAGUAAUUAUUGAAUUAUUUCAACUGCAAAUUUAUAUCCAUCAUCCAAAAGGAGCCAAAACCCAAGAAAAAGGUGCUUAUGGAUCAACAAAAUGGCAAAGUAUUUUACACAACUUAUAUGAUCUGCUAGUGAAUGAGAUAAGUCAUAUAGGAAGUAGAGGAAAAUAUUCUUCAGGAUCUCGUAAUAUUGCUGUCAAAGAAAAUUUGAUUGAAUUGAUGGCAGAUAUUUGUCACCAGGUUUUUAAUGAAGAUACCAGAUCCUUGGAGAUUUCUCAGUCAUAUAUCAUUACACAAAGAGAAUCUAGUGAUUACAUUGCACCUUGCAAAAGGAAGAAAAUAGAGUUAGGCUGGGAAGUAAUAAAAGAUCAUCUUCAGAAGUCACAGAGUGAUUUUGAUCUUGUGCCUUGGCUACAGAUUACAGCUCAAUUAAUAUCAAAGUAUCCUGUGAGUUUACCUAACUGUGAGCUGUCUCCAUUACUGAUAAUACUAUACCAGCUUCUACCUCAACAGCGACGUGGGGAACGCACACCAUAUGUGUUACGAUGCCUUAUGGAAGUUGCAUUGUGUCAAGGCAAGAAAUCAGACCUCGAAAGCUCACGAAAGUCAGAUUUAUUGAAACUCUGGAAUAAAAUUUGGUCUAUUACCUUGCGUGGUUUAAGUUCUGAACAAAUACAAGCUGAAAACUUUGGCUUACUUAGAGCCGUAAUUCAAGGUGGUUUAGUUGAGGUUGACAAAGAAUUCUGGAAGUUAUUUACUGGGUCAGCUUGCAGACCUUCAUGUCCUGCAGUGCGCUGUUUGACUUUGGCACUGACCGUCAGUGUGGUUCCAGAAACAGUAAAAAUGGGAAUAGAGCAAAAUAUAUGUGAAGUAAAUAGAAGUUUUUCUUUAAGGGAAUCGAUUAUGAAAUGGCUCUUAUUCUAUCAUUUAGAGGAUGACUUAGAAGAUAGUACAAAACUGCCUCCAAUUAUUCACAGCAAUUUUCCUCAUCUCGUAGUGGAGAAAAUUCUUGUGAGUCUCACUAUGAAAAACUGUAAAGCUGCAAUGAAUUUUUUCCAAAGUGUGCCAGAAUGUGAACAACAUGAAAAAGAUAAAGAAGAAUCUUCAUUCUCAGAAGUAGAAGAAUUGUUUCUUCAGACAACUUUUGACAAGAUGAACUUUUUAACGAAUGUGAAAGAAUGUGCUAUAGAAAAGCACCAAUCCAUUAUUGGCUUUUCUGUCCACCAAAAUCUCAAGGAAUCACUGGAUCAUUGUCUUCUGGGAUUAUCAGAACAGCUUCUAAAUAAUUACUCAUCUGAGAUUACAAAUUCAGAAACGCUUGUCCGGUGUUCAAGUCUUUUGGUGGGUGUUCUUGGCUGCUACUGUUACGUGGGUGUAAUAGCUGAAGAGGAAGCAUAUAAGUCAGAAUUAUUCCAGAAAGCCAAGUCUCUAAUGCAAUGUGCAGGAGAAAGUAUCACUCUGUUUAAAAAUAAGAUAAAUGAGGAAUCUAGAAUUGGUUCAUUGAGAAAUAUGAUGCAUCUAUGUACAAGUUGCCUGUGUAACUGUACCCAGAAGAAUCCAAAUAAGAUCGCUUCUGGCCUUUUCCUGCGUUUGUUAACAUCAAAGCUGAUGAAUGACAUUGCAGAUAUUUGUAAAAGUUUAGCAUCCUUUACCAAAAAGCCAUUUGACCAUGGAGAAAUAGAAUCAAUGGAAGAUGAUACUAGUGGAAAUCUAAUGGAGGUGGAGGAUCAGUCAUCCAUGAAUCUAUUUAAUGAUUACCCAGCUAGCAGUGUUAGUGAUGCAAAUGAACCUGGAGAGAGCCAAAGUACUAUAGGUGCCAUGAAUCCUUUAGCUGAAGAAUAUCUCUCUAAGCAAGAUGUACUCUUUUUAGAUAUGCUCAAGUUCUUGUGUUUGUGUGUAACUACUGCUCAGACCAAUACUGUGUCAUUUAGGGCAGCCGAUAUUCGGAGGAAAUUGUUAAUGUUAAUUGAUUCUAGCACACUAGACCCUACUAAAUCCCUCCACCUACGUAUGUAUCUAGUGCUUUUAAAGGAACUUCCUGGAGAAGAAUAUCCCUUGCCAAUGGAAGAUGUUGUUGAACUUCUGAAACCACUAUCCAACGUGUGCUCCUUGUAUCGUCGUGACCAAGAUGUUUGUAAAAUAAUUUUAAACCAUGCCCUCCAUAUAGUGGCAAACCUAGGUCAAGGCAGUUUGGACUCUGAGAACACGAGAGAUGCUCAAGGACAGUUUCUUACAGUGAUUGGAGCAUUUUGGCAUCUAACAAAGGAAAGGAAAUGCACAUUCUCUGUAAGAAUGGCGCUAGUAAAAUGCCUUAAAACUUUGCUUGAGGCCGAUCCUCAUUCAAAAUGGGCUAUUCUUAAUGUAAUGGGAAAAGACUUUCCCGUAAAUGAAGUAUUUCCACAAUUUCUUGCUGAUAAUCAUCACCAGGUUCGCAUGUUGGCUGCAGAGUCAAUCAAUAGAUUAUUCCAGUAUACGAAACUAGGUGAUUCUUCCAGGUUAUGGAAAGCACUUCCUUUGAAGCUUCAGCAACCAGCUUUUGAAAAUGCAUGCUUGAAAGCUCAGGAAGGAAUGAGAGAAGUGUCCCACAGUGCUGAGAACCCUGAACUUUUGGAUGAGAUUUAUAAUAGAAAAUCUGUUUUACUGAUGUUGAUAGCUGUGAUUUUACACUGUAGCCCUAUCUGUGAAAAACCUGCUUUGUUUGCCCUAUGCAAAUCUGUGAAAGAGAAUGGACUAGAACCUCACCUUGUGAAAAAGUAUAUUUUUAGAUCUUGCUAUAAAGUUUUGAUUCCACAUCUGGUGAUUAGAAGUCAUUUUGAUGAGGUGAAGUCUAUUGCAAAUCAGAUUCAAGAGGAUUGGAAAAGUCUUCUAACAGACUGCUUUCCAAAGAUUCUUGUAAAUAUUCUUCCUUAUUUUGCCUAUGAGUAUACAGGAGACAGUGGAAUGGCACAGCAAAGAGAGACUGCUACCAAGGUCUAUGAUAUGCUCAAAAGUGAAAACUUACUGGGAAAACAGAUUGAUCAUUUAUUCAUUAGUAAUUUACCGGAGAUUGUGGUGGAGUUAUUGAUGACAUUACAUGAACCAGCAAAUUCUGGUGCCAGCCAAAGCACUGACUUCUGUGACUUUUCAGGGGAUUUGGAUCCUGCUCCUAAUCCACCUCAUUUUCCAUCACAUGUAAUUAAAGCAACAUUUGCCUAUAUCAGCAAUUGUCAUAAAACCAAGCUCAAAAGCAUUCUAGAAAUUCUUUCCAAAAGCCCCGAUUCCUAUCAGAAAAUUCUUCUAGCCAUUUGUGAGCAAGCGGCCGAGACAAAUAAUGUUUAUAAAAAGCACAGAAUUCUUAAAAUAUAUCACCUAUUUGUUAGUUUAUUACUGAAAGAUUUAAAAAGUGGCUUAGGAGGAGCUUGGGCCUUUGUUCUUCGAGAUGUUAUUUAUACUUUGAUUCACUAUAUCAACAAAAGGCCUUCUCGUUUCAUGGAUGUGUCAUUACGUAGCUUCUCCCUUUGUUGUGACCUAUUAAGUCGGGUUUGCCAGACAGCAGUGACUUACUGUAAGGAUGCUUUAGAAAAUCAUCUUCAUGUUAUUGUUGGUACACUUAUACCCCUUGUGGGUGAUCAGAUGGAGGUUCAGGAACAGGUAUUGGACUUGUUGAAAUACUUAGUGAUAGAUAACAAGGAUAAUGAAAACCUCUAUAUCACGAUUAAACUUUUAGAUCCUUUUCCUGACCAUGUUGUUUUUAAGGAUUUACGUGUUACUCAACAGAAAAUCAAAUAUAGUAGAGGACCCUUUUCACUCUUGGAGGAAAUUAACCAUUUUCUCUCAGUAAGUGUUUAUGAUGCGCUUCCAUUGACAAGGCUUGAAGGAUUGAAGGAUCUUCGAAGACAGCUGGAACAACAUAAAGAUGAGAUGAUGGAUCUUAUGAGAGCAUCUCAGGAUAACCCACAAGAUGGUAUUAUGGUGAAGCUGGUUGUCAAUUUGUUGCAGUUAUCCAAGAUGGCAAUAAACCACACUGGUGAAAGAGAAGUUUUAGAGGCUGUUGGAAGCUGCUUGGGAGAAGUGGGUCCUAUGGAUUUUUCUACCAUAGCUAUACAGCAUAGUAAAGAUACAUCUUAUACCAAGGCCGUUGAGUUAUUUGAAAAUAAAGAACUUCAGUGGACCUUCAUAAUGCUUACCUACCUGAAUAACACACUGGUAGAAGAUUGUGUCAAAGUUCGAUCAGCUGCUGUUACCUGUUUGAAAAACAUUUUAGCCACAAAGACUGGACAUAGUUUCUGGGAGAUUUAUAAGAUGAAAACGGAUCCCAUGCUCACCUAUCUACAGCCUUUUAGAACAUCAAGAAAAAAGUUUUUAGAAGUACCCAGAUUUGAUAAUGAAAACCCUUUAGAAGGCCUGGAUGAUACAAAUCUGUGGAUUCCUCAAAGUGAAAAUCAUGACGCUUGGAUAAAGACACUGACUUGCGCUUUUUUAGACAGUGGAGGCACAAAAAGUGAAAUUCUUCAACUAUUAAAGCCAAUGUGUGAGGUGAAAGCUGACUUUUGUCAGACUGUGCUUCCAUACUUGAUACAUGAUAUUUUACUCCAAGACACAGAUGAAUUGUGGAGAAAUCUGCUUUCUAAACAUGUUCAGGGAUUUUUCACCAGCUGUUUUAGACACUCCUCACAAACAAGCCGAUCCACAACCCCUGCAAAUUUGGAUUCAGAGUCAGAGCAUGUUUUCCGAUGCUGUUUGGAUAAAAAAUCACAAAGAACAAUGCUUGCUGUUGUGGACUACAUGAGAAGACAAAAGAGACCUUCUUUAGGAACAGUUUUUGAUGAUGCUUUCUGGCUGGAUUUGAAUUAUCUAGAGGUUGCCAAGGUAGCUCAGUCUUGUGCUGCUCACUUUACAGCAUUACUCUAUGCAGAAAUCUAUGCAGAUAAGAAAAACAUGGAUGAUCAAGAGAAAAGGUAAUGGAAUUUAGAAUUUUUGGCUUUUAAAAUUGAAAACCAAAGUACAACUAUUUCUAGAUUGGGGGAAAAAAGUAAAGAAGAAACUAGAAUAAGUUUAUAGGAUCUUCUCUUAGAAAUCUACAGAAGUAUAGGAGAGCCAGAUAGCCUGUAUGGCUGUGGUGGGGGGAAAAUGUUACAACCCCUUACCAGACUACGAACAUAUGAACAUGAAGCAAUGUGGGGGAAAGCCCUAGUAACAUAUGACCUGGAGACAGCAAUCUCUUCAUCAACCCGCCAGGCAGGAAUAAUUCAGGCCUUGCAGAAUUUGGGACUCUGCCAUAUUCUUUCCAUCUAUUUAAAAGGAUUAGAUUAUGAAAAUAAAGAAUGGUGUGCUGAACUACAGGAACUUCGUUACCAAGCAGCAUGGAGGAAUAUGCAGUGGGACCAGUGCUUGCCUCUCAAAGAAAUAGAAGGAACCAAUUACCACGAAUCAUUGUACAAUGCUCUGCAGUCCUUAAGAGACAGAGAAUUCUCCACAUUUUAUGAAAGUCUCAAACAUGCCAGAGUAAAAGAAGUAGAAGAGUUGUGUAAGGGCAGCCUUGAGUCUGUGUAUUCACUCUACCCCACGCUUAGCAGACUGCAGGCUAUUGGAGAGCUGGAAAACAUUGGGGAGCUUUUCUCAAGAUCCAUCACAGAUAGACAGCUCUCUGAAAUAUAUAUGAAGUGGCGGAAACACUCCCAGCUUCUCAAGGACAGUGAUUUUAGUUUUCAGGAGCCUAUCAUGGCUCUACGCACAGUCAUUUUGGAGCUCCUGAUUGCAAAGGAAAUGGAGGACUCCCAAAAAGAAUGUUUUAAGGACAUUCUCACCAAGCACCUUGUAGAAUUAUCUAUACUGGCCCGAACUUUCAAGAACACUCAGCUCCCUGAAAGGGCAAUAUUUCAAAUUAAACAGUAUAAUUCAGCUAGUCAUGGAGUCUCUGAGUGGCAACUGGAGGAAGCGCAAGUAUUCUGGGCAAAAGAGGAGCAGAGUCUUGCCCUGAGUAUUCUCAAGCAAAUGAUCAAGAAGUUGGAUGUCAGCUAUACAGAGGAUGAUCCCACCCUAAAACUUAUAUACACAGAAUGUCUGAGAAUCUGUGGCAACUGGUUAGCAGAAACUUGCUUAGAAAAUCCUACAGUCAUUAUGCAGACCUAUCUAGAAAAGGAUCGAAUGGAGGCUGCAAACAAAAUAAUAUGUACUAUCAGAAGUAAGAGACCUCAGAUGGUCAGAAGUAUUGAGGCACUUUGUGAUGCUUAUAUUAUAUUAGCAAACUUAGAUGCCACUCAGUGGAAGACUGAGAGAAUUUUCUGGAGCACACACUUGUUGCAGAGAAUUGCAACAAGUCUAUUAAAGAGAUACACAGUAAAGGUUCAGCGAGAGCUGGAGCUGGAUGAAUGUGCACUCCGUGCACUGAAAGAGGAUCGUAAACGCUUCUUAUGUAAAGCAGUUGAAAAUUACAUCAACUGCUUAUUAAGUGGAGAAGAACAUGAUAUGUGGGUAUUUCGACUUUGUUCUCUCUGGCUUGAAAAUUCUGGAGUUUCUGAAGUCAAUGGCAUGAUGAAGCCACAGAACAUAAAAUGUUAUUCAUGUUUAAUUAUUGUGAAGGGCCGCGAUGACCUGAGACAAGAUGCUGUCAUGCAGCAGGUUUUCCAGAUGUGUAAUAUGUUACUGCAGAGAAACACUGAAACUAGGAAGAGGAAAUUGACUAUCUGCACAUAUAAGGUGGUUCCCCUCUCUCAGCGAAGUGGUGUUCUUGAAUGGUGCACAGGAACUGUCCCUAUUGGUGAAUUUCUUGUUAACAAUGAAGAUGGUGCUCAUAAAAGAUAUAGGCCAAAGGAUUUUAGUGCCUAUCAAUGCCAAAAGAAAAUGAUGGAGGUGCAAAAGAAGUCUUUUGAAGAGAAAUAUGAAACCUUCAUGGAUAUUUGCCAAAAUUUUCAACCAGUUUUCCGUUACUUCUGCAUGGAAAAAUUCUUAGACCCAGCUGUUUGGUUCGAGAAGCGAUUGGCUUAUACUCGCAGUGUGUCCACUUCUUCAAUUGUUGGCUACAUACUAGGACUUGGUGAUAGACAUGUACAGAAUAUCUUAAUAAAUGAGCAGUCAGCAGAACUCGUACAUAUAGAUUUAGGUGUUGCUUUUGAGCAGGGUAAAAUCCUUCCUACUCCUGAAACAGUUCCUUUUAGACUUACCAGGGAUAUUGUGGAUGGCAUGGGCAUUACUGGUGUUGAAGGUGUCUUCAGAAGAUGUUGUGAAAAAACCAUGGAAGUUAUGAGAAACUCUCAGGAAACUCUGUUAACCAUUGUAGAGGUCCUCCUGUAUGAUCCACUCUUUGACUGGACCAUGAAUCCUUUGAAAGCUUUGUAUUUACAGCAGAGGCCCGAAGAUGAAACUGAGCUCCACUCCACUCUGAAUGCAGAUGACCGAGAAUGCAAAGGAAAUCUUAGUGAUAUUGACCAGAGUUUCAACAAAGUAGCCGAACGCGUCUUGAUGAGACUGCAAGAGAAACUGAAAGGAGUGGAAGAAGGCACUGUGCUCAGUGUGGGUGGACAGGUGAAUUUACUCAUACAGCAGGCCAUGGACCCCAAAAAUCUCAGCAGACUCUUCCCGGGAUGGAAAGCUUGGGUGUGAUCUUCAGCAUAUGAAUUACCCUUAAAUUCAACUUUUCGAAAUGUGAUUUCAGCCUUCAUUUUUAACCCACCCAUGAACUUUGAAUAGGGAUUAAUAUUUAACUAAGUGAACAACUGUGAGGUUUUUUUUCUAAUUGAUUUUUUAAUACUUGAUUUAAUCACUACUCAAGAUGCUUUGAGAGUUUUGAGGAACAUCUCUGCUCUCACUCUUUAGAAAUAAUUGUUAUUC